AUGAGUUGUACCACUCUGUACGGGUACGAGCUGGCUAGCCAAAUUGACCAGUUGGUGAUUCGAAAAAUUGCAAGUGAGAAGACUCAAAUUGGGGGAAAUAAAAACUGGCCACAGGGAAAAACGCUAUUUAUCAUUUACUCGAAGAACAUAGCAACGUAUUCAUACCUGCACAUUCUCCUAAAAAAGAGUUUGUUCCUAAGUGCAGAUGUUACGUUUGUACUGGUCCGAGUCCACAACAGCUGCAGUGAAAAGAGGUUAAUCAAUUUAAUAAAAAAAAUAAAUGCACGAGGAAAGAACACCUGGGUUAUAAUUCUCUCUCCGUUGUCUCGUCACAUAAACAAGUGCUACAUUUCUAGUUUCAUUGACGAAGAGAAGGAUGUGGAUCGGUCUAACUGCUCGCCCAUUUGGAAGUUACUCUCCCGUGGUAGUAGCGGUACUUGUGGGGGAGAUGGCCAUAAUGACGGAUGCAUGACUGUGGUCCAGCCGACCCCCCUUGCAGAUGCGUCUCCUUAUUUGUUUACACAAAGUUGUGAAGCUUUUCUGCAGUUCAUUUUUUGCAUUUUACACCUUCGCAUGGUAAAAAAAGGAGAGUAUAUCUGGAGGAACGCUAUUGCGAAUGCGCCCAUGUGGAGGGGUAAGGCAGUGGAGGCAGACACGGGAAAAUGCAGUGACGCUACGGAGGGGGAUUACCCAAGCAGGGAUAACACCCUACGUAGUAACCGUUGCAGAGACGUCAAACAGAUUAGCAAUGGAAGCACAGAAAUUCACAACUACCUGAGGAGUAGCGCCAAAUACAAUCUCCCCUGUUGCGUCCAUGCUGUCCUCCUCUUCUUGAAACAUUACCACAUUCAAGUGAAGGGGAAAAAUGUGCUGAUUCUUAGUAGCAACAUAAGCAUCUUCCUAUCCCUGUUUGCCUCCUUUUUGCGAAGUGAAGUUUCGACGACGGUUUAUAAUCCCCUACAGGGGGAGGUUCUGUGUAGGUACGAUGCCAAGGGCAAAAGGUGCUACCUACGCAGGGGUAACCUAGGAAAGCUGCACAUCAGAAAGGAGGGCGAUUUUGAAAGGAAAUGCAGAAUGUUCUCCCACUCCUAUGUAUCUACCAGUAAGGGGCACACAGAAAUUACCCACCAAGAUUUGUCUACACUAAGGAAGAAUAUGGGCAGGAGGAUUGUCAAACAGGCCGAUGUUAUUAUAAUAGCAAUUGGUUGUCCCCACCUUUUGAAAAAGAGAAAUAUUAAAGAAGGCGCGAUUAUCUUAGAUUUGGGAAUCAAUUUGGUCCCCCCCCGAGGUAGGCACAUGGAAAGAAUGGGCGCACCGUUUUGCGGUUCCUCCAUCGGGAAUGAGAAAGUGGAAAUGAAGAAGGGACCUCCAACAGUGGAGGAAGGGAAUUCCCCCUGCAGGAGGGAACUCUUCCCCUGCCGGAAAUUCCCAAACGGGGUAAACUCCCCAAUGUUGCAAAAUCGAAAAGGCUUAGUGAAACAUAUACGGUUAACUCCUCCCCGAAUUGGCAAAACCGCCACUUGUGAGAAUUUCUUUGGUGAGGAAUCCACCGGAGUGAUAAGAGAAGGUACUUCCCCAUCUGAGUCUUCCAACGAUUCUCCUAUUUCUCCCCCCAGUGGAGGGAUAAAGCGGGCCCGCAACAAAUGCCAUAAAAUCAUUCCUCUAAAAAGCCGCAUGUCCAAAAUUAAAUUCGCCAAUGGUUUAGCCAAGUGCUUGCGACAUUACGAAAUUGUUGGGGACGCCCAUGCGAACUGCAAGCAGAAGUGCGCGCUCCUUUCGAGUGUGCCCGGGGGGCUGGGCCCCAUCACCACAUCCAUGCUGUUUUAUAAUUUGUACUUCAGCUGA